AUGAGAACAAAAAAUGAGAACCAGUUUGAAGGCAGAUACAAAAGAUUUGUAUGGGAUAAAUUCAUGAUAGACCCCAAGUUUGAAUUGGAAAUAAAAUUUGAGUCAAGGCAACAAUUCAAGAUAGCAGUGACCGAAUAUGGUUUCAAGGCAGAUAAACCGGUCUGGACGUGUAAAAAUGAUACCAAAAGGGUGAGAACUGUUUGUAGAGACUCGUGUCCUUGGUUUGUCUUUGCAUCAAUUGAGAGGGCACUUGGUACAUCAGAUUUGGUGAUAAAAACAAUGCAUGAUGUGCAUGAGAAUUGCAAUCACGCUUGGAAGAAUAAAAACAUGACUUCUACGUGGCUAUCCAAUAAGUAUAUGGAGAGAAUUAAAUCUAACACAAAGAUGCCCGUUAGGGAACUUAGGCAAACUGUUUAUGAGGAUUAUAAGGUUGAGAUUUUUGAAUGGGUGGCUAGAAAAGCAAGAGCCAAAACUAUACAGCUUAUUAAGGGGUCUACAGAGGCACAAUACAAGAAAAUUUGGGAAUAUUGCAAUGGAAUAAAGAAGACACAUGAGGGAAGUACUAUGGAGGUCAUGUUUACCCCAUUCAGACUGCCUACAAGUAAUCCAAGAUUUAUGCGACUAUACUGCUGCAUUGGGCCACUUAAGCAAGGCUUUAAGGAUGGUUGUAGGCCUAUUAUAGGCUUAGAUGGAUGCCAUCUAAAAGACACUUAUCCAGGACAAUUACUUACUGCUCUUGGAAUGGACCCUAACAAUAGUUAUUGGCCAAUUGCAUGGGCAGUUGUGGAGAAAGAAACCACAGAACAAUGGAAUGGUUUCUGA